AUUCAAUCCUUAGUCAAAAUCUUGGAUCCGUCCCUACCGCUGUGCCCCUCCCUGUUAAAUAUCAAGAACUAUUAUACUUGGGCUCCUGCCCACCUCUAUAUAUAUUGUUCCAUGUGGAAUUAAAACCUAAAACAAAUAGUGCAGGCAGUUACACGGGGCUUGACAAGAGACUCUCAUUGCCCUACCACUUGAGGGGGUGAGGGUAGGCCCGGGAAAAGCAAGGAAAUUGGACAAAUUAACUAUGGAGGAGGAGAAAUUGGAAGGUUUGCUGACGAAAGGGAGGCCAGCGGAUGACCAGGGAAAGAGAGGAGAGGAGGCUGCAGGAGGAGUGAGGGAAGAAAUUAAGAGGUUGGCUUCAAUCGCCACGCCGAUGAUAGCAGUGAUGUUGUCGCUCUACUUCUUGCAGAUAGUAUCGGUGAUGAUGGUUGGCCAUCUCGGAGAGCUCGCACUCUCUAGCACCGCCACCGCCGUCUCUUUCGGUGCCGUCACCGGACUCAGCCCCGUGUACGGAAUGGCAUGUGCCUUGGAAACACUAUGUGGGCAGGCCUAUGGAGCUCGACAGUACCACAAAUUCAGUGUCCAGAUAUUCACAGGCAUAUUCUCCCUCAUUCUGGUAUGCUUUCCGAUAUCCCUCCUAUGGCUCUUCAUGGGAAGGCUCCUAGUCUUACUCGGCCAAGACCCCGAGAUCUCCCACGAAGCCGGUAAGUUCAUAGUCUGCCUUAUACCGGCCCUCUUUGCCUAUGCCGCCCUCCAACCCAUCAUUCGGUAUUUCCAGACUCAGAGCCUCGUGAUGCCAAUGCUCGUGAGCUCCUGCCUGACAAUCAUCUUCCAUGUAAUUCUCUGUUGGGUGAUGGUUUUUAAGUCAAGAUGGGGUACCGUUGGCGGGGCACUGGCUAUAGGUCUUUCGUACUGGUUGAAUGUGAUUUUGCUUGGGCUGUAUAUGAAGUACUCCUCCUCUUGUGGCAAGACCCGGAUAUCAGUCUCGCCGACAGAUAUCUUCCAAACAAUGGGAGAAUUUUUCAUCUUCGCCAUCCCUUCUGCCGUGAUGGUUUGCUUGGAGUGGUGGUCAUUUGAGCUGCUCACAAUGCUAUCUGGGCUAUUGCCAAAUCCGAAACUCGAAACUUCAGUUCUCUCAGUGUGUCUUGCGACCAUCUCAACUUUGUAUAAUAUACCAGACUCGAUCGGUGCAGCCACAAGCACGCGCAUAUCAAAUGAACUGGGUGCCGGAAACCCACGAGCAGCUCGAGUUGCUGUGAUCGCCACGAUGGUGAUUACACUCACAGAGACUGUGAUCAUGAGCUCGAUUAUAUUUGCAUGCAAACACGUGUUUGGCUACGUAUUCAGCAAUGAGAAAGAGGUCGUGAAAUAUGUCGCAAGCAUGGCUCCUCUCGUAUGCAUCUCCAUCGUGCUAGAUAGCUUACACGGUGUCCUUUCAGGUAUCGCUAGGGGAUGUGGGUGGCAAGACAUUGGGGCAUACAUCAAUUUGGUUGCGUAUUAUGUAUGUGGAAUUCCAGUGGCAGCCUUGUUGGGUUUCUGGGCGCAUCUCAGAGGGAAGGGUCUUUGGCUUGGAAUCAUCGUUGGUUCUUUUGUGCAAACGGUUCUUUUGCUAAUCGUGACCAUAUGUACAGACUGGGAGAAACAGGCUAACAAGGCAAGGGAGAGAAUAUUUAAGGAAAGAGAUUUGGUCCACGAUGUACUCACUUGAGCUAAAAAAAGAAAUAUACAUCAAAAGAUGUUAUAGCACAGUGGCGCAUGCCCUUACCUGACAAUCAAGAGAUUCAAGAUUCGAUAUUCAGUGGGACUAUUCAUGCCAUUUUAUUAGUUAUUAUGAUUUUUAUUUAAUUAUACUUGAUCCAUGGCCUCGCUUGUAACUGAAAAAAAAAUAUUUUUCUCACUGGGCAAUUUUGUAUGGGAAAGAAAAUUGAUGAGUGCAAGUA